CUCGAUUGGGCAGCCGUCUCGUUAAGUAAUUCCGUCUGCCAUGCAGUGCUCGUUGGGUAGCCAUUUUGUUAAGCUUAUUUCUAAAGUGAUCCCCUCCAAAUUGAAAACAAACGAAGGUCGACGCUGUUCUGGACCUCGGUUUAAUAUUUUUGGUUAGGUCGAUAGCUGAAUUGUUAAUAUAUAACAUGAUAAAAUAAAAGUAUCUCUGCUUUAACAUGGACAUGGCUGGAGAUUUGGCAUUACAGUGGGUUGAGGAAGUUGGGAAUGUUAUUCACGAGGAGGUUAUAUGUGGGUUGGAAGCCGAAUUGACCACCCCUGAGGAAGAAGUGAUAGGAGCAUGCGAGGAAGUUGGCGUCGAAGAGGCAGUUCGGUCGCUUCCAGAACCUGCUCCUACUAUUCAUACCGAGGUCUUAAUGAUACCUCAAGCCAAUGAUAUGGAAUCUAUUUAUAUAGUACCUCAAGAUCAAGGUCACGAUUACCUUAAUAUACAGGUUACCGAAGAAGUGAUUGCUGACAGUUGGGACAAAUCUGCUCCUGACGAUGGGGUGGAAAUACCGGAGACAAAAGUAUCACACGACAACUUACUUGAAUACGAUGACAUGGAGAUACCUCUGCCCAUUGAUCAAGAUUCAUACACUAAUACACGUCCGUACCCAUGUGACUUUUGUAGCCGAAGGUUUAGAAAGAAAGCUAAUUUAAUGAAUCACAUGGUGGCUCAUCAAACGGAUCGACCGCAUGGCUGUAAUCUUUGUGGUGCUCGUUACGUUAGAAAAUGUGAUUUAAUGAAUCAUUUGAAGAUUCAUGCAUAUGCACCUUCUCGUGACGGACUCGAAGAUGAAACAAACGAUGACGAUUCACUUCUGCCUGAUGAAGAAGACUCUGCCAAAGGUAGACGCAAAAAAGUGCAAUGCAGUGCACCAAGAAAGCGAAAAAACAGUAUUGUUGCCAAGAGGCACAAUGAAGAUGUAAAGGCCGACGUUAACAAAUAUGGUAAUAAAUCGUACGACUACAUCAAUGAAGAUAUGCGGCUUCUAGAAGAGAUGACUAGCAGGAGUUCUGUACGUGGUCGUAAUUAUACGACAGGUUCUCGAUGGACCGAACAGACACCAUUGUUAGCCAGUGAAACACCGUCUCCUCGAUGGCCAAUUACAGAUCCUACCAAACCUUAUGUCUGCCAACAUUGCGGAGUUGGAUUUGCUCGGGAGAAAGCUUUAGCGUCUCAUGCUCGUAUUCAUGGUGGUGACAGUCCAUUUGAGUGCACUUCUUGUGGUGACAUGUUUUGGGAUGUAAAUACACUGCGGGAACACGUUAAAGUUAAGCAUGGGGGUACCGCUCCGUCAGAUACAGAGGAGUACGAUAACGAUGCCACCUAUACAGGAGACGAGAGAUUCGGCGAAUUCUACUGCGAUACGUGCAGCGUUCCUUUUCAUCGUUUAGACCUUCUUAAGCGUCAUCGCAAGAUACAUGUCAAACAGGAACUCGAUAUGUUAGAAGGAUCCAGUCAACAUCACGUGUGCAAUGAUUGUGGAGAGUGGUUUGAAGAGGCUUUAGCAUUACUAGCUCACGCCGAAUUACAUGCCAGGUUAGUAUCCCCUAGUCGACGCUGCCUUUUGUGCGGUGAAAGGUGUCGAGACGAUGCAGAAGUGGCGGAGCAUGUACAGCAGAAUCAUGCAGAAGACGCACCACCAAAUACUUGUACACUAUGUGGAAAGACGUGCAAAGAUAAACGAAGCUUGUUGAAACAUUCAUGGAUUCAUAGUGCCGAUAAAACUUUCAGUUGUACAAAGUGUGGCAAACGAUUCCACAGUAAGGCCAGAUUGCGAAGACACAUGGUAUCGCAUCGUAACAAAAUGGUGGCAUGCGAUGAGUGCGGCGAAGAGUUUCCUGAUGGAAGGGCCCUCGUCAGCCAUCGACAUUCGCACAAUAAGGAUCUUGGUGGCCGAUCCUUUCCAUGUCGAGAAUGUGGCAAAACCUUCGGCAGCCGUAGCUCCCAACAGAUCCAUAUCCGCAUUCACACGGGUGAGCGACCGUACGGUUGUCGAUUUUGUUGGAAGGCGUUCGCUGACGGAGGAACGCUCCGGAAACACGAGCGCAUACACACGGGAGAAAAGCCCUACGGUUGCGCCAUAUGUCCACGUGCUUUUAAUCAACGGGUGGUUUUGCGGGAACACGUCAGAGCUCAUCACUCGGGACCAGAUCCAAAAUGUCAUGGAAGUACGAUGCCGUAUUUAUGCAAAGUAUGCGGCGACGCGUACUCGACGUCCGAGGAGAUCGUCGCUCACAUAGUGCAACACUGCGACGAUAAUACCGCCAUGCGAAGGCAACCGCAAACAGGACCGAGGAAGUACAAGAGGAGGCGCAAGCUGAAGCCGCACGAGAGUAACUUAAUGACGCGCAUAAACGAGAAUUACGACACGCUGAACGCACUGUCGGACUCCGACGAUAGCGUGAAACGAAAGGUAGGAAAGAAGAACAAGCACAGGUCGAACGUCGAGGAGAGUUACCAGAGCGUGCUAAAGAGCUUCGAGAGUUCUUUGCAGAACCUCAACUCCCUUGUGAGCAACACCAAGAUCAAUCCCAAUAAAUCCAAGUUCACGAAAAAGCGGAUAAAGCGGGAGGACAAGAGACACGAAACCCCGGCGGCUUAUCAGCCCGGCAGGCCGAAGAUGAUUCACACGCAAAAGACUAGGGUACCGGUGGACGUGGGUAGCGACGGCGUGAAGAAGGGGCAAAAGACCAAGACGAUGGUCACGAGGACACCCAAGGUCCUUCCGGGGGAACACAAGCUCGGCAUCUUUCCUGGCGGCGAGAGGAACAGGCCUCGGACGAAGAACGUCAGCUACCACGUGGAGGGCAAGCUGCAACCCAUACCCGCAACAUUCCCUAGCAAGACAAAGGAAGAAGUAGAUAAGGUGUCGAUGCAGUUCUUGGCGAACAUCAAGAUCGAGCCCGGCGUCCACAAGGGCACGAGCAAUAACCACAGCAACAAUAAUGGUAGCAUUCGCGGAAUCGUCGCCGAGCGGAAGACCGAGCUUCCUCACAGGAAGAAGUCCAUGAUCUUGAGGAAAGUCAGGAAGCAGAGGCAGACGCGCAUCAAACAGGAACCCCGGGACGAGGUCCAGGAAAGCGAGACGGCGGUCCCUAACGAGCCGGAAUUGAACCUGACCUCUCACCUCAUCGAUCCUGCCAUCGAUGGCAGCAACCUGGAAGUCGCGUACGAGGCCAAUAUCGAGACCGUCGAGGAGGAGACGAUAUUGCCCGACCUCGAGAGGAUCCGUCACUGUGAGGUAGAUACCAACAGGGACGUUAAGCUCAAUGUGAAGAUGUUCGAAACGUUACCGGAGAAGAUAGUGUCCACUCAUCACGUUCUUGUAAAUGUUAACGACGUACCGGAGACUAUAAUACCAGAUGCGGUCGAGUACACUUGUGAAAUGUGCUCUGCCGUUUUCUCGAGCCGCCAAGAGCUUUUGGUACACGUACCCAUACAUAUUUGAUUGCAUUUGGGGUUAACGAUUGUCACGAUCAUCCUGUUUCUUUGUAUUCUAAGGAUAUUGAUUUAAUUGAACAUAGGAAAGGAUGUUGACGUGCUUGUUUAGUCGGUUAGAGAUAAUAACAGUCCUUUGACCGAAAUACUCUUCGCUAAUCACCCUGGAACCUUGUAUGCCGCGUUCUUCUUUUUCCUCGUUGUACGUUUCAAUGUUUUUAUUAACUUGUCGAACUUGUGCCGCACUAUCCGUCGAGUUCCGGUGUUAAUACGAGAAUUGGUUACCCGUAUCUUUUGUUUUCACAUGUUUCCAAAAGAUUGUUUCUCUUAGAAUCGACUGUCACGGUCUGUUUACGAUACGUUCUAAUUGUUCUUAUAAUCGGCACUUUGGUGCUUUUACCUGGGAUUAAGGAUGUCUUAUUCCAUAACUUCUGACGUAAUCAUCAGUAUUUGAUAUGUAUGUAAAGCGAAAAGAGUGGUAUGUACCCCCUUGUGUAUAAAAUAUCUAAGAUGGUACAAAAAUGUCAAUAUUUAUAUUCUAAAGCAACUAACGUUAAACGAAAUUAUAUGCAUUUUCAUUUUUGACCGAAGUUAAGUGAAAAUAAAUAAUUACUAGAUAUGCUUAUAACAUUGUAAUUUUGAUUCUAGGAGAACAAUUCUUUGCAAGUGUAUCGACCACUCCGUGUUACAGUUUAUUUUCUCAGAUUAUUUAGCCGAGGUUAUGUCGAGGUUUGAACAAAAUUAAUUUUACUGCGAGAAGUAUGAUCGAAGGGACACGAUUUUUUACAUCGUUUCAAAAUCAUGCCCAUCGUACGAUAUAGUUCAAGAUUGUAUUAAGGAGCCAUUCCGCAUGGCGGAUACUAUUGAUAUGUAAUAAUAAAUGACAGUAGGUCAAUUAUUCUGUUA